GGAACCUCGGCGGUGGCGGGGGGAUGCUCGGGGGAGCCCGCAGGUUCCUGGUGCGAUGAGCAGCACGGCAGCAGCCUCGGGGCUUUGCUGGCAGCUGGGCAAGGUGCACGGGGCUGCAGGGAUGGGAAUCCAGGCAGGACUGAGCUGAGGGAGCUGCGGCCUUCAGCACGAGGACCCAGCACUCCCAAGUGGCUUUUCCACCCAAACUUCCCCUUUAUUAUGACCUGUUCCUCAAGGGUGUUCUUCUAGAUCUGUGUUUUCCCUGGGAAUGGAGGUGCCCUUCGUGCUGCUCCUGACCAGGCUCGUGGCAGAAGUUGCAGGAAAAUCCACAGAAAACUCAGUGCCAGACCCAGAAUGUUGUGUGGAAAUGUUGGAUUCCAACAGCUCCUGCCCAGUCACCCAGCAGUGCAGCCCAGGAUGCUACAGGAGGUGGAAUGAGGAUGGGAGCAGCAGCUGCAUCAAAUGCAGGAACGAGACCCUGCCCAGCCCCUCUGGGCACAACCUCAGCGAGUGCAGGAACUCUGGGAGCAGAGGGAUGAACUCCCACGUGAACAUGAGCUCUCCUUUCAUCCAGAACUUUGGGGGCCCCGAAGUCGCCGCCUCUCUGAUUCUGGGGACGUUUUUCCUCAGUUUAUUCCUGAUCCUUUCUGUGGCUUCUUUCUUCUACCUCAAACGAGCCAACAAACUCCCAAAGAUUUUCUACAGAAGGAACAAAGCAUCUGUUCUCCAGCCCAGUGAAACAGCAUCCAUGAUCUCUCCUCCAACUUCUUCAGUGCGGAAGCCGCGCUACGUCCGCCGCGAGCGCGCCCUGGUCCCGCCCGGCACCGCCGACAGCCGGGUCAGCAACGUGUGAGCCCGAGCCCGGAGCGUCCCCGGGACACCCCUGGGAGCUGCUGAUCCCACAGGAGCCCCAGAGGGCUUGUGCUGAAUCCCUGGGAGCUGCUGAUCCCGCAGGAGCCCCAGAGGGUUUGUGCUGAAUCCCUGGGAGCUGCUGAUCCCGCAGGAACCCCAGAGGGUUUGUGCCACAUCUCACCCCCAGCUCUCGGCGGCGCCGGCCCGGGGACAUUUGGGGGCUUUGGAGAGUCCUGGUGCUGCUCCAGGGGGUUCCUGCCCCAGGAUGGUGGAAUUCCUGAGGGAUUUGGGGGAUUUUUCCUCUUUGGGGAGAAUUCCUGAGGGAUUUGAGGGAUUUUUUUUCCUCUUUUCAGAGAAUUCCUGAAGGUUUUGGGGGAUUUUUGGUGUUUGGGGAGAAUUCCUGAAGGAUUUGGGGACUUGUGGAGAGAAUCCUUAAGGAAUUUGGGGGGUUUUCCCUGUUUGGAGAGAAUCCUUAAGGAAUUUGGGGGUAUUUUCCUGUUUGGAGAGAAUUCCUGAGGGAUUUGGGCGAUUUUUGGUGUUUGGAGAGAAUCCUUCAGGAAUUUGGGGGAGUUUUCCUGCUUGGGGAGAAUUCCUGACGGAUUUGGGGACCUGUGGAGAGAAUCCUUAAGGAAUUUGGGGAGUUUCACUAUUUGGAACAAAUCCUUAAGGAAUUUAGGGUGUUUUUCCUGUUGGGAGAGAAUUCCUGAGGGAUUUGGGGACUUGUGGAGAGAAUCCUUCAGGAAUUUGUGGAAUUUUCCUUGGGAUGUGACCCCAAAACUGGAGCUGGGAUUUGGGAUGUGGAUCCAUCCUGGGCUGGACACUUGGCAAAGGGAUCCUCUCAAGUGCCACUGCUUUAACCUGGGACAGCAAUUAAUUAUGCUAAUUAAUUAUGCUAACUAAUUAUGACAAUAAUUAAGAUGCAGAAUCCUUUGGAAGCAAAUCCCAGAUCCCACUGGGAGCUCUCCUGGUGCUCAAUCCAGGCCUGAUCCCAAAUCUUGGGAUUUUUUGGGGAAUUUUUCCAGCUCAGUCCUUGGAUUAAAUGUUCUCCAAGGGAUAAUCCAUUCCUGGAAUUGGGAAUUCCUGCUUUUGGGGCACUCAGGGAUUUUUGGGAUGAGCCACAGGGGUUGGGACAACUCCUGCCAGUGGAAAAAAGGGAUUUUGGUGUGGGAAAUGCCUGGAAUUUGAGCUCCAGAGGCAUUCCCCAAUUCCAGGCAGCCUCAGCUUCUCCCAUGGACCUCAUUCCUGCCUGAGGAAUUUUGGGAAGCUCAAAGAGCUGGAAAAGGAUUUUUUCUCCUGGCUGGGUCUCUCUCCUGCAGCUUUUCCAUCCAGGCCUGAGGGUCCUAAAUCCAUGGAGAAGUCCUAAAUCCGUCCUAAAUCCAUAGAAUUUCACUGUCACCCCCUGGAAUUCCAACUAUUUUCCCCCUGGCUGGGCUGGUUCUGGGAUCCAUCCCAAACCCAUCCCAAAUCUAUCCCAAAUAUCUGGAAUUUCCCUGUCACCCCUGAAUUCCAACUCUUUUCCUCCUGGUUCCGGGAUCCAUCCCAAACCCAUCCCAAAUCCCUGGAAUUUCCCUGAAUUGCAGCUCUGAGCAUUCCCACAGAAAUCCUUUGGCUCCUCAGCAUUCCCUGCCAGGCAUGGGAACGGGAACUUUGCUUCUCCCCUUUUUUUCCCAAAUUUUUUAAUGGGAAAAUGAGACCAGAACUCUUGCAUCUGCCGCCCACCUGGAGAAUCCACAUUUCCCUGGGGUUCCAACCUUCCUAGAGGAGAAUUUGGGAUGGGAAGAAAUCCAUUUAUCCCAUGGAAUAAUCCCAUUUUUUCUGGGAACUUUGGGGCAGCUGGAUUUGCUUUUAUCUCCUUAAAAAAAAAUGAGGUUUUGGUGGAAUUUUUAGGGGUAAAACCCAAAUCAUGGAGAGGCUCCUGUGCCAAAAAAUUCCAAAUUUUUCCUCUUUAUUAUGAGAAAUAAAAUUCUUUUCCUCCUGGCCAAGGAAUUCCAGUUGAAAUUCCCUUUUUUUGAGUAUUUGGGAAAUUCCAACUUGGAAUUGUGAUCAUUUCCAUUUUUUGUGUGCUGCUGAGAUUUUUUUCCCUUCCCAAGUAGGAAGGUUUUAUCCUGGAAUUCAGAAUUCCUGAGGAUUUUCCAAAUUCCUGAGGAUUUUCUGGAUUCCAAAGGGGAAAAAAAAAAAGGAGGAACUAUGCAAAUAAUUCCAAGGAAUUGCACCUCUGGAGCUGGGAAUUCCUGUGUGUUAAUUCCUGUCCUGCUUAAUUGCUGAGUUUUAAUUUAUUGAAGGAUCAGCUCCUUUUUCUGUCUCUUCUCGUGUGGGAUUUGCUUUAGUUGUUGUCUAAUAAUGGAUUUGUGACAUUAAAAGUGGGAUUUGUGUAAACAUCUAAAAAUCUAAUUCUGUGUGUGAUUAAAAUCAAGUUUUUCUCAGUGAUUUUUACCCAAAAUCCUGAAAUUUUUACCCAGAAAAUGUUGAAAUCCCCAAAUUUUUACUCAUUUUUGGGGUGUGGUUCAGCUUUGUCAUUGCUGUGAACUCCUGCUUGAGUUUGGGGGGUUUUGGGGUUGGGUUUUGGGUUUAGUUUGGGUUUGGGGUUGAGCUUUGGGUUUCAGUUUGGGUUUUGUGGGUUUAAUUUUGGGUUUUGGGGUUUGAUUUUUUGAGUUUAGGUUUGGUUGGGGGUUGAAUUUUGGGGGGUUUGGGUUUUGUGGGUUUGGGUUUGUGCUUGAGUUUGGUGGGUUUAGAUUUGGAUUUGAGGUUAAGGUUUGGGUUUAAUUUGGGGCUUUGUGGUUCAGUUUUGUGGGUUUAGUUUGGCUUUAUGGGUUUAGUUUGGGGUUUGGGGUUGAGCUUUGUGGGGUUAGUUUGGGUUUGGGUUUCAGCUUUGGUUCUGUGGGUUUAAUUUUGAGUUUUCUGGGUUUCUCCUUCAUUUCCACCAUCAAAUUCCUUUUCCAAAGUGCUGCUUUGGGUUGAAAACAAUAAAAUUGUGCUUUAAAACUCGGUUUUAACCCCCCAAUAUUUCCUGCAUUUGUACCUUUGUAAACAGUGCCAAA